UGUGGGCCCAGAAACCAUUACAAUGUUCUGCACAUUUGCCUUUCCUCCAUUGUUCCCCCUUUUUUUUCAUUACAAAUAAUUCUUUCUCUGACAGCCCAACCACAUGAAUUCAAGUUCAUAUAUCAUCACAUUGUAUCAACUUUUUAUUGUCACAAACAUUUUUCCUUGUUUUAAGGGACUCAUUAAUUCCCACCCUCUUCAUGCAUAAUACAUUGGUACAUUUUUUCCUUAAAUUUUAACAUUAGCAUAUAUGUCAAUAUUAACCUCAUUGUAAACUGCAUUUUUAUUAUUAUUCUUUAGAGGAUCAAAUUCUAGUGCUGCAUUUCCACAUUACAUUCAGAUUUUGCUAUCUGGAGGGUGGUAAUUCAAUUUGAAGCCUGCCUAUUUGAUGUUUUGGCCUUUCUUUCCCUUCUUCACGUUCAGUGUCGGAUUUUUCUGAUUGAUCCAUGCAAGAAGGGAAAGAGAGAAGAAUUUCAAGCCAGAUUUUUUGAAUUUCCUCAAAACUAAUCAAUUGGUUGAUGUUGCUUGAAUUUGAAAAUGACUACGGUAUCUGGUGUUGUUUCCCGCCAAGUACUGCCUGCUUGUGGUUCCCUUUGUUUCUGCUGCCCUUCCUUGAGGACAAGAUCUAGACAGCCUGUCAAGAGGUACAAGAAGCUCAUUGCUGACAUUUUCCCUCGUAAUCAGGAGGAGGGACCAAAUGAUAGGAAAAUAGGCAAGCUUUGUGAUUAUGUUGCCAAAAAUCCUUUACGCAUCCCAAAGAUUGUGACUGCCCUUGAGCAAAGGUGUUACAAGGAGCUACGGAAUGAGAAUAUUCACUCAACAAGAAUUGUCAUGUGUAUCUAUAAGAAAUUUUUGUCUUCUUGUAAAGAACAAAUGCCACUGUUUGCUAGUAGCAUACUAAGUAUUAUCCAAGCCCUGCUGGAUCAAACACGGCAGGAUGAAAUGAGAGUUAUUGGAUGUAACAUUCUUUUUGAUUUUGUUAAUAAUCAGGUUGAUGGAACUUACCUGUUCAACUUAGAAGGCGUUAUCCCAAAGCUGUGUCAAUUAACUCAAGAAACGGGGGAAGAUGAAAGUGCCAGAAUUCGCCGUUCAGCUGGUUUGAAAGCUCUUUCAUCAAUGGUUCGGUUUAUGGGUGAACACUCUCACAUAUCAGUUGAAUUUGAUAAUAUUGUUUCAGCUGUCUUGGAAAACUAUGAAGUUCCUAAGGAAAAUUCAGAAAGUCUAGAUCAUGAGGAACAAGGUACCAACAUCAGAAAUGAGGAUCAAAUUAUGCUAGAUGUCAAAAAGAGAAACCCAUCGUGGAGUAAAGUUGUUAACGACAAAGGCGAAGUAAAUUUUGCAAUGGAAGAUGACAAGAAUCCCUCGUUUUGGUCCGGGGUUUGCCUACAUAAUAUGGCCAAUUUAGCCAAGGAAGGGACUACUAUACGUCGUGUAAUGGAAUCUUUAUUCCGGUACUUCGAUAACGGAAAUUUAUGGUCUAUAAAACAUGGUCUUGCUUGUUCUGUGUUGAAGGACAUAUUAUUUUUGAUGGAUGAUUCUGAGAAAAACACACAUGUAUUGCUCUCAAUGUUAAUUAAGCAUAUAGAUCAUAAAACGGUCCUUAAAGAACCCAACAUGCAGCUGGACAUUGUCGAGGUGGCGACUUCACUUGCCCAAUAUGCAAAGGUCCAACCUUCUGUAUCUAUCAUCGGUGCAGUAAGCGACAUGAUGAGACAUUUGCGGAAGACCAUACACUGCAGCCUAGAUAACUCCAAUUUGGACACUAAUUGGAAUAAGAAUUUCCGGGAAGUUGUGGAUAAAUGCCUUGUUAUCUUAGCAAAUAAGGUUGGAGAAGCAGACCCAAUUUUCGAUGUUAUGGCUGUGAUGUUAGAGAAUAUCUCAACUAUUACAAUGACAUCAAGAACCACAGUCUAUGCUGUCUAUCGAACUUCUGAAAUUGUAGCCACCUUACCGAACUUGUCCGAUCAGAAAAAGGCAUUCCCUGAAGCAUUGUUUCACCAACUACUCUUGGCUAUGGUCCAUCCAGAUCAUGAGACACGAGUGGUAGCUCACCGCAUUUUUUCUGUCAUUCUUGUGCCAACUGCUGCUGAUCCCAAAGCAUUGGGUGUUCCACGAACACUUUCAAAAGCAGUCUCUUUUUUCUCCUCUUCAGCUUCUAUAUUUCAGAAACUAAGAUCGCAGAAACGCUCUUCAAGUGUAAGAUUAAGCCAGUAUAACAAAGAAAAUGUAACGCCAGCUAAUAACAAUGUUGGGAUCAUAAACAGAUUGAAGUCAAGCCAUAGUCGGGUUUAUAGCGUGAAUAACCCUCCUCUACCAAAUAAAAUGGAUAACAGUGACAAUCAGAACUUGGAGGUUGUCACCCUAAAGCUGAGUAGGCAUCAGAUAAGCCGAUUAGUAUCAUCAAUUUGGGCACAGUCUACCUCUCCUGAAAAUAUGCCUGCAAAUUACGAAGCAAUUGCUUAUACAUACAGCUUGGUGUUGCUUGUUUCUAGAACUAAGAAAUCUUUUAAGGAGUUAAUAAUACGAAGUUUUCAGCUUGCAUUUUCUUUAUGGAAUAUUUCUCUUAAAGAAGGGCCAUUGCCACCAUCUCGUCGGAGAUCACUCUUUAUUUUGGCAAUUUCGAUGAUUAUGUUUUCUUCAAAAGCGUACAACAUUGUCCCUCUUGUCCAUAGUACCAAGGAAGUGCUUACAGAGAUAAAGGUUGACCCCUUCCUUCAUUUAGUUGAAGACAAGUUGCAGGCGGUCAGCUUUGCACUUGACAAUCUGGCCAUCAACUAUGGAUCCAAAGAAGAUGAUGAGAGGGCCUUACAAACACUUUCAGAAUUAUUGACUUCGGCACACCAAACACAGGAAUCCUUUGCUUCUGAAAUCUUAAGAAGCUUGGACAUUUUUUCAAAAGUUGAAUUAUUGUCAAUAAAGGAGAAACUUCUAGAAGAAUUCUCACCGGAUGCUACAUCUGAACUAGGAUCUCAGUUGACCUUGAAUGUUCCCAGAAAGGAUGCUUCAACAAUUGACGACGACUUCAUUUAUGAAUUAUUUGAAAGUCAAUUAAAACAAAGUCCAAGAUUGUCCACGGAGGUCCCUAGCCUUUUAAGUGCUAAUCAACUUUUAGAAUUAGUUUUCGACCCAUCCCAGCCUGCUGCUGGGAGGAUUUCUGUAUCAACUGCAUUUGAUACGCCUUACGAGCAUAUGGCUGAUAACUGUGAGGUACUUAUGAUGGGAAAGCGCGAGAUGUCCAGAUUGAUGAGUAACGUUCAGAAGCAAGAAUGUUCAACAAACCCCCCUCUACCGAAUCACAAUAAUGAAUCGAAAAAUAUGGAUUCAUCUUCCCAUGUGGACAAUCAGAAGGUGGAAACUCCUCUCUUUGAUGAUAAUUUUGUGGAAUUGUACCAACCAACUUCUGUCCCGGUUCCAAAUUUGUGUGGAGUAGAAUAUCAAGAUCAACCUCACUUAUUCCAAUUGCCAACAUCAAGUCCCUUUGAUAAUUUUCUGAAAGCUGCCGGUUGUUGAUCCUGUAGAUGUAAGAUAACAUAAUGAAGAAAGCAGUUAGGUUUCUAAGAAACGUAAACUCGAUGUUGCUAAGGCCAAGAUAUGUCUGGAAAUAUUAUAUUGCUGCUGUUUUGAUCAUAUAUAAUGAGUUGUGUUUCUGAAUUUUCGAUAUUAAAUUUCUUCAUUAUUUUUGUCACCUAACCUUGUGUAUGUUGGCCUGGAAAGGCUUCAUGCUA